AAUUUGCUUUUGUUGAUAAACACUUCAAAUCUUGUAUCAAAUUAAAUGAGACAUUAAACAAGCAAGGAUUUAACCACACAACUACAUAAUAAGAGUAAAUUAUUGAAUAGACUUUUGGAUAGUCUCUAUGGUCCUUACUUCUUCCCUAAAUUAAACCAUUAUGUUUUGUUAAAACAAUCAAAUGUUUAAUCAUUAUACGGGUUAAUCGGAUCGAUUUUAAACGAUUAAAAUCGACCCAACCCAUUUAACUAAUUGGUCUUAAAUUUGAAAUCAAAACCAAACAAUUUACUAAACAGUUUUGUAAUUUAAGUGUAAAUGGUUCAAUUCUAUUUCAAUAAACAAUUUGAUUUCAAAUUAAAAUCCUUAGUCGCCAUGGUGUCAAAAUUGAUAUUAGUAUCAUAUCAGCUGUAUCCAUUAUCUAUGGUUUAACUUUUAAUUUCAAUAUACCAUUGUGUUGGUAACCUAAUGGUAAAAAUGCCUUCAACCCAUCACUGUUUAAGUCUUGAUCCUGUGGAAACGUUGCGUGCAGUGAAGGGGUUUGUCCUAGGACUAUGAUCAUUAUCAUGAAACAUACUUUUUCAUUACCCAACAAAAAAAAAAAAAAAAAAAAAAAAAACCUCUUAAUCCGGAACUCUCAAUCAGUCCAAAGUAGGGGUACCGACAUACACAAAAAUAUCUCGCAUUCUUUUCCAAAAGAAUAAAAAAAUAUCGUAAUGGGGUACUUGUUCUUAACUUUUUCAUCCACAUAAACAAAAAGAUCUAUAACGGGGAAUGGGAUACUCACUUUCUUUUUCGCUCUCAAUUUCGAAUGGUCUGCUGCUGCUAAUCGACUGGUAGACCGGCGUCUAACCGGCAGCGACAGGACGACAGCUAGACUAGGUGCCAACCAGGCCAAUGCGACUCCACUACGUGUCCUCAUUAACCUCCUUAACAGGUUUGUUUUGUUCCCCCCACCACCUUCUUACUCUCCCUUUAUUAGCGUAGCAGUAUAGUUAUUUCUUUGUUCUCCAUCUAUACUUCCUCGAUCCUCAGCAAUAGCAACUUGAGCAAAUCUUCUCCCCUCCACAAAACACCCCCAAAGGAAGAAAAGCUAGAGAUUUAGUAGAAGCAGAGAAUGGUUUCUCAUAGAUUCAUAGAGGUGAUAUUGGCCAUUCUCCUGCCACCCCUUGGUGUUUUCCUUCGUUAUGAAUGUAAGGAUAAGUUCUGGAUCUGUUUGUUGCUGACAUUACUUGGGUACCUCCCUGGAAUUAUAUAUGCUCUCUAUGUCCUCGUUGGAUAGUUUUUAUGUAACUGAAACAAUGGGUUUCCAUUAUAUAAUCUUUCUUGAGAUAAAUUUGUAAUAAUCUGGAUUUCCAUUUUUAAGAAGCUAGUACUGGACCAUGAUCGACCACUCCUUAGUCCUUACUACUUGGGUUGACUUUGUAAUAAUUUGGAUUUCUUUUUUAUUUUAUUUUAAUAAACGUGUGCUUCAUUAA